AUGGCGACCUCUUCCAACCUCGUCGCCGACCUGACCACCCACCUCACCAGCCGCGGCCUACCCCCAUCACCCACCUGGCUCACGCAAACCCUCCUCCCCAGCCUCCCGCAGCGGCCCAACACGCCGCUCGCCGCGACGCGCCAAACGGCGCUCUUCCGCCUCCUCGCGACCGACAUCACGACGACGGCCUGCCUCGCGCACUCGCACUCGCCGACCGCGAACCGGCUGCCCGCGGAUGUCGCGACCGGCGGCGCGAUGACCAAGGAAACGGUGGUGCCGGGCCCGGUGGCGGUGCAGGUGCUGGACGUCGAGGACGUGGGCCGCAGCCGGUGGAGCCAGGUCGAGGCGCUGGAGGCGCGCGAGCGCGGCGAGGGGACGAAAGGACGGGAGAUCGUGCGGCUGGUCGACAACGCUGAGGAUGGCAACGAACCCAAUGGCACUGCGCGGACGGCAACGGCGGCGGCGGCGGAUACAAGCGGGCCGCACAAACUGCUGCUGGUCGAUGCGGCGGGGACGCGAGUGUACGGGUUCGAGCUGGCGCCGGUGCAGGGCGUGGGCAUCGAGCGGAUGGGCAUCGGCGCGAAGCUGGUGUUGCGUAAUGCUGUUGUGGCGAGAGGGGUGGUGCUGCUGGAGCCGCGGACGACGACAUGUUUGGGUGGUAAAGUAGAAGCGUUGGAUAAGCCAUGGAGGGAGGGGCGGUUGGCGAGAUUGAAGGAGGCGGCCAAGAUGGAGAAGUGA